AUGAAUGUGAACAUGUUCCAGGCGAAGGACACUGUCCUCCAAGCCGACAACGAAGAAUGGGUUAGCGAGCCUCGCGAGGUGGAAGAGCUACCUCUGCCUCCUGAUUUCUUCUGGGGCACGGCCACUGCUGCAUACCAGAUCGAGGGCGGUGCCUCCCAGGACGGCAAAGGCAAAUCUAUCUGGGACACGUUCAGUCACCUCGAACCGUCACGUACCAAUGGAGAAAAUGGCGAUGUGGCCUGUGAUCACUACAAUCGCAUGUCCGAAGACGUUGACUUGAUGGCCUCCUAUGGGGUGGACGUGUAUCGACUCUCCAUUGCUUGGUCUCGUGUGAUUCCCUCGGGUGGACGUAAUGACCCGGUUAACGAAGAUGGGAUCUCAUUCUACAACAGGCUCAUUGAUUGCCUGUUGGCCCGGAAUAUUGAGCCAAUUGUCACUCUAUACCACUGGGAUGUUCCGCAGGAGCUCUAUAAUCGAUAUGGCGCUUUCUUGAACACAGCUGAGUUCAAGGCUGAUUUCGAGCAAUUUGCCCGGCUGUGCUUCUCUCGCUUUGGCGAUCGUGUCAAGAAGUGGGUUACCUACAACGAGCCGUACAUUAUCUCAAUCUUUGGUCACCACAGCGGUGUGCUUGCUCCUGGCCAUAGUGCUGCUGCUGGUCAUGACACACGGACAGAGCCAUGGCGGGUUGGCCAUACUAUUAUUAUUUCCCAUGCAGCUGUCGUGAAGAUCUAUGCGACAGAGUUCCAACCUGCUCAGAAUGGGUCUAUAACAAUUGUGCUGAAUGGCCACUUCUACGAGCCAUGGGACGCAAAUAGCGAGGAGCAUAAAGCUGCUGCCCAACGCAGACUGGAAUUCUACAUCGGCUGGUUCGCAGACCCCAUUUUCCUGGGCAAGGACUACCCUUCCCAAAUGCGUGCCCGACUUGGCCCUCGGCUACCAGAGUUCUCCGCUGAGGAGAUGAGACUUCUCCGAGAGACAGCGCCAAUUAAUGCCUACUAUGGGAUGAAUCACUACUCAACUAAGUUUGCCCGUGCUCUUCCGGAUCCACCUGCCGAGGAUGACUGCACGGGGAAUGUGGAGGAAGUCGCCACAAAUAACGAAGGAAAGAUGCUUGGACCCGUUUCUGGCAUGUCGUGGCUUCGCGUUACCCCAGAUGGGUUUCGAAAGCUUCUGAACUGGGUCUGGGAUCGUUACCACCUUCCAAUCGUCAUUACAGAAAAUGGCUGUCCUUGUCCAGGCGAAAGCCAGAUGGCCCUCGAGGAAGCUGUAAAUGACACUUUUCGGAUACGGUAUUUUGGUCUUUACCUGGAUGCUAUCUCGCGGGCCAUUUAUGAGGAUGGUAUCAUAGUACAAGGCUACUGCGCAUGGAGUCUCAUGGAUAACUUUGAAUGGUCCGCUGGGUAUGGCGCGCGCUAUGGUAUCACACAUGUCGAGUACGAUACACUUGUCAGGACUCCUAAGAAGUCUGCUUAUUACCUAAAGCAGUCAUUCAAUGAGCGACGCAAAAAGCGUAUUUAG